AUGGUUACCGUUAAGCCGGCUGGAUUUUAUUUCACACUUUUCGGAAUUUUUGGUGCAAUUUUAACUGGAUUUUUAAACUGGCGACUAAUUUAUUAUAUUUUAAGAAAUGAAAAAUAUCGCGAGAAAAAGGAAUAUCAACUUUUCACUUUUCGAUUUGCCAUUGAUUGUGCUUUGGCAAUUAUUAGUGAGUUCCUAAAAGUUUCAAAAAAAAAACUUGUGAGGUCCGAUUUGGAAAAUUUUUCGCACAGAAUUCAAAAAAUUAGAAAUGAAGAGCAAAUUUCACGUUCGCGUGAAUAUUUUUUUUCUGUUUUUUUAUUAGAUCCAGUACGAAUAUUGUUCUACGUGACUUUGCUAAUUAAAAACUGACAGCUGGAAUCUGAAUCAAAGUUCCAAUUUUUUUAAAUUCCAAAUGUUCAAACAUCUUAAUUUCAGUAUCAAUUUAUUUCACGGGAAUGUGUAUUUUUUUCCAAAAUUCAACAUCAAUACAAUAUCAUCCAUUAUUUUUUGUUGCUCUUUUGGCUUCAAAUAUCAAUGCAACACGUGGAUUAUUAGCGUUUUGCAUUGCGAUUGAAAGAGUUAUUGUUUGUUGAUUUUCAUCGAGAAUUUCUGAAAGAAAAUGAUUUUGCAGGCAGUGUACUUUCCAAUCGCAUUUCACAACCAUCGAAAAACAUUUUCAAGUUAUUACGUGAUUAUUCUUACAAUUUUAUUCGGUCUAUUUGAAGAUGUAGUUUUAUAUAAGUUUUGUGAUUACACAUACGUUGAAAAAGAGGAAUGUUCUGCUUUUGGUUGUGCAGUUGGAUCUUGUUUUUUGAAAUAUUGGGGAGUUAACAAAACAAUUAUUGCGGGUUCCACUUUUCUUUUAUCAAUUUUAUUGUUAUGCAAAUUAUUAGUGUUCAAGAUUUCAAGUGAACACAAAACAGCGGAUCUAACAAGGGUUAGUCCAUUAUUUUUUAAUUUCAAUCUGAUAAAAUAUUCUAGGCAAAUCAACUGUGUUUAGUGGAUACUGUUACUGUUUUGGUGUUCGAUUUAUCUCCAUAUUUUUUCACUUUGUUGUACGGAGAUGAAGUUAUCCACCUUGAUGUAAACUGAUAAAUUUUGAGAUAUAUACUAACAAAUUUGUGAUUUUUCUAGGGAUAUGGUCCUUAUAACGCAGUUAUCAAAGUGAUUGCAUGUUUUGUGGAUGCAGUUAUUGCAUCGAUAGUUAUUGGGAAGUUAGCAAAACCAAGAGUUCAACAAAAUGAACGAACAACUUCGUUUCGCCCAAAAAUUAAGAAUGAUGCAAAUAAAAACACAUGA